AUGAUAAAUAUUCCUAGUUCUAUUCGAACUAUAAUUGGACUAGUUUUAUCUUCAGUAGAAAAACCAAUUAUGCAACGAACAGUAAAAGAAUAUCUUUGGGGUUAUGAAGAUCCCAUAUUGAAUAUAUUAAAAAAACAAUUACCUCAAUUAGUAUCCAAUGAUCAAGUAUCAGUUUUUGCUUCUGUGGUUAAUGAAGCACAAUAUGAAACUAUUUUAAUAAAUAAUGGUGUUGGUUUUGAUAUAAAUCAUACUGAACGUAUAGAUAAUGUUGGUAAAAUUGAGCGAUUUAAUUUUUCAACAAAUUUAUCCAUAUGGUCAAAUAAAUAUGCAAAUAUGAUUAAUGGAACAGAUAGUACAAUAUGGCAUCCUGAUGCAAGAAAAGAUGAAUUAAUAUAUACAUUUAUGAAUGAUAUUUGUCGUUCGGUUUAUCUUAAAUUUAAUCAAACACGUCAAAAUUCAUUUGAUAUUAGUACUUAUCAAUAUACAUUACCUAAUGAUGUAUUUGCAAACUCAAGUGAUAAUGAAGGAUUUUGUUUAAAUUCUUCAACAAGUGAUAACAUACAACAACUUAAAUGUCUACCGAGUGGAUUGUUUUCAUUAAGUUCAUGUAUACAUUUAAGUGGUAGUACAUUCGCAAUACCAUUACCAAUUAUUGCAUCGAACCCACAUUUUCUUGCUACGGAUCGAUCAGUUCAAGAUGCCAUCAUUGGUUUAAUGCCUGAUGAAAUGUUACAUCGAAGUUAUAUUGAUAUAGAACCGAUGACCGGAAUUGUUAUGAAUGGUUCUCGUCGAAUGCAAUUCAAUCUUAAUGUUAUUAAUGAUUCAAAAAUAAGUGGUGUUUCUCAUGUGAAAUCAUUAGUUUAUCCAAUGAUAUGGGUUAAUGAACAUGCGGAAAUUGAUAAACCAAAUGCAGAUAUAUUUCAUAAGAAAGUAUUUCGACCAUUAACAGUACUUUCUGUUUUCAAAUAUACUUUUCUUGCAUUUGGUAUUGUUUUAUUAAUAACUGUGAUUGCUUUAGUUACUAUUUAUCAAUACAAAAAAAAUUUAACGGUUGUUGUUGUUGAAUCAGAACCAACCGUUGAUGAAACUACACCAUUAAUCAGCGAAUAA